AUGCACGACCCGCGCCUCCUCGCGCUUGUCCAAUCGUGGCAAGGGCGCUACAUUGUGGAGAACCGAGCCUGGGAUGGGAAUGAUGGUUACUUGGGGGGCAAGAAGUGCCCAUCAGCUAUCGGAUUUCAAGGCCAAAACGCCGUCAUUCGAGACACCAAGAUCAUUGAGCGGCAACUGGUCAAACAAGCCCAGACCAUCCGAAAGUGGUCCUGUUCCACCCAGUCCUACGCGGGGUUCAAGCCCUUCACUUCGCUCAUUGAAGCGAGUGAACCACUGUUGGAGCCAGAAACACCCUUAGAUCGUCAGAUGCUGAUGCUAUACCAUGCUUCCUUGGAGCUUACUGAGGUUGGGGUCAGCACAGUAAUGGCUCCCACAGUGGCGCGGCGCUUCAAAACAGCAUUGGAAGUGGUCGAGACAAGUGAGCUCAAUGGUUUGGAUGAAGUGCCGGACCCUUUCUACGAGGACUUGUUCAAAGAAGCCAUGGAGGCUUACACCAUCCAUGGUCGAAUGGAAUCCAUCGUGUGUGAGAUGGAACUCCUGAUCGAUGGCGUGUUAAAGGUCCUGGACGACGAGGGGGACCAUGACUUCGACAUCCUGACGGGCAAGGUGAUUGGAGUUGGCUUAGCUCCAGAUGAGGAUGAACAGAAGACCAACCGAAUCAUGGAGCGUGUCUUCAGUCUUUUGGCCGCCCUGUCGGAGGAAGCCAAGAGCUUCAACUACAUGGCGUGGUUGCAGGCGAUGGGCGAAAGCGACAUGGAGGUCACGGAGCUGGUGGAGGAGUUCAUCAACCAGAAACAGGAGAUUCGGAAGCUCCUUUGGAUUUCCAAUAUCGAAGCCGAAGAAUUUCUCACCAGCCGCCUCUUAACGGCUGCCAUGACCUUCGCGAGGUUGUUCGACAAGAUGCGCAAAGCUGCCGAUGAGUUUGAAGAGUUCUUGUUGAAGCAGUAUCAAGAAGAAGGACACUAUGGCUACUACAAAGUGAAGCAGGCCUUUCAGAAACAGGCCGAGGAGCGGAAGAGGUGGGCCCAGCGUCUCCUAGAGACAAAGGAAGCUUGCAAGAGGGAGGCGCACGAGAGUCAUGGCAAACGCCUCGAAGCUCAAAUCGAGAUGAGGCCCGAUGCAUCCGACUGGCGUGAGCGAGAGGCCGAGAAGGAAGUGGAACCUCCACCGGUGAGUGGUUUACCAAUCUCCGACCGCAGCCGCAAGAGCCGCUUGCAGACCCAGUCGCCGCUGAAGUCGGCCAGCGCCUCCCCGAUGGCCAUGGCCAUGACAGCCACGCCCUCCGCGCGGCGCUCCUCGUGGAGCACCAAGCGGAGUACCCACAUGGAAGAGCAAAUCAUGACGCUGCUGGGUCACGCUCGACAGCAUUUGGACGACUUGCAAAUCCUGGCGCAGGAGCAGAAGGUUAGAGAGCAGAAAGCUUAUGAAUUGUUGCUGCGCAUGUUGAUGAAGAGUCGCGUCUUGGAACGUCGGAAGCUUCGGAAAGCCACCAACAUUUCGCAACGCGUCAACUCGUUGAUGCCUGGGCGCUUUGUCGUCAUGCACCGAACCAAGUCCUGGUCGGAAUUGGAGGACUUUAGCGUGACUAGCUCCUUGUUGCAACAACAAGCCGUUUGUAAAGAGCUCAACGACCUCACUGUUCAGGUGGAGCUGAAAGAUAUUUGGACGGGCGUGGAGGGGAAGUAUCUGCUGAAAAAGAAGCCGAAACCAAAGAAGCAGGUGCUGAAAAGUCUACAGACCCAAGAGGCGAAAAUGGAGGCGGAGGCCAAGAGCAAACUAGGAACCCUUUGGGGCAAAGCCCGGGAGUCCGUCGCCGCAGGCAGCGCAGUGAGUGCCAUCCUGGGCAUCCAAGCCACGAAGGAGGCGGACGCCACGGCGGCCCGGGAAGCGCAGCUGCGAGCGGAGGCUGAGGCGCACGCACAGCAGCAGGCGGAGGCAACCGCAGCUUGGGAGCAGGCAGAGGUGCCUUUACGGCUGACGGAGUAUGAGGAUGAUAUUGAGGACUUGUACAACUUCCCGCCGCAUUUCUCGUUGGUGGACGUGCAACUCUUGUUGAGCGAUGCCGCAGUGACGCGAACGGAGAAGCUGAGGGAACUGCGACAGGAGAUUUCCAAAGUGGUGCAGCACAUUGGAGCAGAGUAUGGCAGAGAAGCUUGGGAAUACAACGCGCAGACGCUACAAGCCCAUUCCAACUACAACCCCUGGGCGGCCCUGAUGCCCGUGGUGGAGAAGGAGAUGAUGAGCCUGGGAGAAAGUGGCCGUUUCUUCUUGUCUCGUCAGGAUGCCGCCAAUCUUCAGGAUUUGAUGCGUUUGAUGCGCGGCGUCAAAUCGCAGCUGGCUGUCGAGACUGCAAACCGCUCGCACUUCGAGGAUGAGGAAGAUCGCUGGACCUUUGUCUCGGAGGAUCAAAUCCGUGGACUGACCGAACAGCUUCGGCACCUCCAUUUGACUCUGAAUGAACGCAAGCAGAAGGCAGCCAAGUUGGACGUUCGAGCCGAGUUGACCCAGGAACUGGCACAUCUCCAUCCCGAGUUGCGUAGCACCUACGGCCUGGUGCAGAAGCAAAAGCCGCCAAAGCCGGAGGAGGAAGAGGAGGAGGAAGAACAAGAUGAUCGUGCGGAUUCCUUCAAGACCUUUUUGUUCGCGCUGAAGUUCAAACACAAAAUGUCGGAAGCGCAGACUGCCACCAAGUUACGAGAGACGAAAGUGCAGUUGCAAGCAACCAUUGCCAACGCACAGAAGAUGAUGGGGGAAGACUACGAGGGGACGAAGAAACUGGAAGACGAGAAAGAGUAUGCGCAGACGCAGGUGCACUACAUGAGGCGUUUGCACGUGCACAUCCAGAUGAAUGAAAGUGCCACCUAUCAGUUGAAGCAGCUCCGCAGUGAACGCUCUUUGAAAAAGGCACAGCUGAAAGCUGCAGGAGUGGAUGUGGGCGACGAUGAAGGCGACCACAGAGGUUUGGCAAACGCCGGGGCGACGACGCCGUCGCCACGGGGGAAAGGCAAGAAGGCCAAAGGCAGCCGCAAGGGCACGGCCACGGCGGGCUCUGCGGGCUCUGAGAAAGGCAGCCCCAAACGAAGCGCCCGUAGACUGUUGGAAGAUCAGAACCUGCUCCCGCACCCGCCGGAAGUUUUGAGAGAUUGCCGUUCUGACUGUGUAGCACGAGUGCCAGCUGCUUUACAAGGGCACUAUGAUGAUGUUGCUGCUGGUGUAUCCUCUGUGAAGCGGGUGAUGCGACGCGUUCGAGACCACGCCCAAGAAAGCGGACCUGCAUCAGUUCAUCAACACACAUUUGCACUUGCUUCUAAAUCUGGCAAGAACGAUGUUCGGGAUUUCUGGAGAUCAGCAGAUAUCCCUGUGGAGAUUGAGGAGGUGCGGGUCCCUGUGUUUAACCCAAAGCUACCUGGUAAGGUCUCUGUGGAACUGUACCCUAUGGUCUACCCACACAGAAUUUUAGCCUAUCUUUUCAACGAAGUGGAGCUGGAGAUGCCUAGUUGUGACGUCCAGACAUUCUGGAACCAUUCGCGCACCUUGGGUGAACCGUGGGCAUGUGCUCACCCUGCCACAGAGUGGCAUGUGCCAGUAGGGUUGCAUGGGGACGGAGCAAAGCUUUGGACUCAAUACCGUGUAGAAAAAUAUGUUGCUGUGUGGCUAAAUCUGCCACUGUUUAGACCGAGAUCGAUCCGUCACAGCCGAUUCUUGCUUUUUUCGAUGCCAAAACACAAAAUGGUGAAGAACCGGUCCCUCAAUGUGUUCUGGCGCAAAGUAUGUUGGUCUUUAAACGCAGCCUUCACUGGACAGAACCCUUCUGUCGGGCCAGGCGGCCUACCUUUAGCCGGAGAACAUCUUGAAAGGGCAGGACAUCCAAUUUGCAAGUCCGAACGGAAGUUUGCUUUGACAGAGCUGCGUGGUGAUUGGGAGUGGCAUCGGGACAUUUGGAGGUUCUGUGCCAGUUGGCAAAGCCAAGUGAUAUGUUUCCGAUGCCCUGCCCUAACUCGGGGCAAUUGGCCAUACGUAUAUUACAACAACUCCUCGACGUGCCGCUGGGACCAAGAAGAGUUCAGUUUGAACCAAUUUGUGGCCCGCCGCCUGAAAGAGAGGCAACUUUGCCCUUUACUGAACAUUCAGGGAUUCCAUCCCGGGCUCCUACGUUUCUGUUCCAUGCAUGCUCUGAACUUGGGCCUACUCUUUGUUUGCAACGCUGGUGGUCUGCUUCUUCUUUGUGAAGAUCUUCAAUACUUCGGCCCUGGUAGCUUAUCAGGCCAAAUGGAUGUUGCCUACAAGGAUUUUCUGGCGUUUUGCUCUGCCAGAAAAAUUUAUCAUUCGCAACCGCCCUUUGUUCCAAAGAUGGUGAAGAAGAAAAACGGCGACGAACUUUUCACUGCCAAGGCCUACAAUGGAAGGGUGAUUCUGAGCUGGCUGAGUCAUACUCUAUUACUGGCAUUGCAGCACCACCCAAAUCAUGAGAUUCUUCUUCUUACCAGUUCUGCAAUGAGCGAUCUGGUGAAAUGGUUCAGGAUCAGCGAAAGCCAUGGCCGCUAUUUGACGCAAGCAGUUGCCCAAGAGCUUCACGACACUGGAAUGCGAUUUCUGGACACCUACACUGUCCUUUGUGUGGAACACAUCAGGAUGGGAAAAGUCCGAUGGCAAAUGCGUCCAAAACACCAUGUUUUUGCACAUUUGUGCAAAGAUGCAUUACGGUGGAGAACCAACUGCCGAAUGUACCACACAUUUGUAGAUGAAGAUGCUAUGAGGUGGCUCAAAGGUGUUGCAGCUAAAGCUCAUCCUCGGCGUCGCCAUCUAUGGCUUCUAAAAUGUGCAAAAUUGAGGCUUCUCACUAUGAAGUACCGCGUAGAUCGGAAAAGGCCUCAGCCACGCGCUUCCUGGCUGGCGAAGGCUUCGCAGGCCGCCUCUCAAGCGUUGGCGCUGCCUGACUCGACCGAAGGCCGGCGCACCCCAAGUCCGCGCCAGAGUCCGCGCCCGUGGGGCGCCCCGGGACCAAGGAUAUCACCGAGGUCGACCUUGCCUCAAAUUGGCGAAGACACUGUUGCCUCCGUUGGCCGUGCCUCUGUUUUCUUCAAAGAAGACCAUUCUGACCGGUCCCGGUCGUCCUCGGCAUCCUCGGGCUUUUUCGCCAGGCCCACUUUGAAGAAGCGCAACACCAUCGACCAGCGGAAGGAACAGUUCAACCGUCUCUUCACCCAGACCAUGCAGCGACGCCUGCGGACGGCCACGGACAAAGGCGCGGCGCUGAUCUUCCGCAAGUCACUAGCAGACGCCAGCAAGUCCCAACAGAUCACUCACAAGAUUUUGGAGUCGAAACGUGUGGAUUUGCAGAACCUCUUGCGUUUGACGUUGCAAAGAUUUGGCAUCAAGACCAAUCAGAGGAUCCAGUCAGCCAAAGAGCAGCACGCGCGCUGGGAAGGUGAGGUGGCCUACUUGGUGGACAAGUUGCGCCGAGGGCAGGGUAUGGCAGCCUUCUGGCAAGAUCGCUAUGAUGGCUGGCUGUCGCAGAUGGAGGGCCUGUUUGGUCAGUCCGUGUUCGAUGCCUUUGUCCACGCGGAUCGGACAUCGGAUCGGGAACAAUGGUCCCAGCGUCUGAUGGAAGCUCUGCACGAAGCUUUCGAUCGGAUGAGGGAAGAAACUCCGAGUCUCGCUGUGGACGUGAGUCGCCACAUCGAAGCGCCCGAGGACUCCACAGUCUCUACGGAGCACACCUGGCGCAGCGGCACGGUGAGUUUGGGCGACGCUCACCUGGCCAAACUCAUGCAGAGACAGGCACCGACCAUCGAUGAACCGCGAGCCACGGAGUCGCCAGCGACGCGAGCCACGAAGACCACAUUUACCACGUUGAAGGGCAGGGCUUCCGUGCUGCAGCACAACCUGCCAGCGCCCGAAGCAGAGCUGGUGCGGCCGCCGCCCAUUCCGCCGCGACCCAUGCGGCAGCCAGGUGUCUCCAGUGCUGCCUUGCGUUUGCCGAAAAUGCCCAUCAUCCUGCAGCCUGAAGAUGAAGUUGACUUGCCUGAAACUCACAGCAAGAGCAGUGCCAUCAGCGUCUUCACGUCGCGGCAACUCCCAUCCUGGUUGACGUCCAAGGGACGCGGAGCUCAAUCGAAACUUGACUUGGACCUUGAGCUGGACUCGGACGAAAUCUCGGAGUUGGAGAAGAACCAUGUCAACCUCAAGCGACGUAGGACUGUGCAGCCGUGGUUGGAGUCUGUGGAUUGGAUCGAAGACGUGUCCUACCGAGCGGCUUUGAGGAAUUUACAGAAGCAGUUCUACCGAGGCAAGACUCAAGAGGAAGAGGCUUGGGGAUUUCCGCAAGCGGUUCAACAUCACCGCCAUGAACGGAAGAAAAUCACCAACCCCAGCGCGUUGGAUCGAGUGGCUGAGAGGAACUUGAGCAAAAAGAUGCACGGCUUUAAGCUCCAGGAGCCUCCCGAUGUGGCGUCAAUGGCGUCCCAUCAAUGGCCCGCCAGCCGACCCUGCAAGAGCUUGCGCCGCGGCCGGCCGCGCUCCAAGGCGGAGAAAACAAUGGAAUGCAUUGUGGCGAAUCGGGGUGUGCAUUUUCGUGGCUCACCUGAUCAUUUGCUGUACCAAGAGCCCUCUGUCGCGACAUCUGGAACUGAAGUCACAGAGGUACCGGAGGGCUGCCUGGGCGACUUUCAGGGCGCCAGCGCGCUGCGGCGCCUGCGGCGCUUCCGGCGCAAAAUGCUGGAGCGCUUCGCUGGGGCGGAGGAGGCGUACAACUUUGUGGUGACCAACCCGAUCGGGCUCUUGGACUAUGACACUUUUGGUCAACUUGCGACGCAGAUUAGCUUCACCUUGGACCACACCAGGAUGGUCUGGGAAAGAAUGUGGGAAUUCCUGGGACGAGCUAAUGAGGUGGCGGAGGGGCUGAGGAAGAAUGAAUUUGCGCAUGUUAUGAGCUUUGCCUGCAGCCUGCGGGACCUGACCAGCCUGCGCAUUCGCCUUCAGCUGCGUUACGGAUCUUUGUCAACUUCCUUUGACCAGAACCGAAAGUACCUGGACCCGGACUCCUGGAACGAGUUGCUGGCAUCGGUUGGAGCCUCCAAUGAGGAGGCCAAGAAUUUCUUCAGGGUCAUGAUGGCCAACAGCCAGCGCAGGUCGCCCAAGAUCAGCCGCCGCUUGUUCCUCUUGGUCCUGCGGAAUGCGGAGGGCUUCGUCGCCGCGAGAGGUCUUUUAAAGAACUUGAAACUCAGCAACGAAGCAACUGCAUGGCGCGCUCUCAUGGAGCACGCGCGAAGGACUGCUAAGCACAAAGGGAUCCACCAAGACAACAGCAGAUCCAUCACCGCAACAGAGCUUCAGCAACUGCUGAGUCCGCAGUGCAACGCGCUGCAAUGCGAAGCCUUGCUGCGCAUGGCGCUGGCGAAGCAACAGCGCGAGCGGAGUUCAGGCGCCCUGCGGUUAGAGGAAGUGCUGUUGGUGGCUGUGGCCGGGCUGGGGCAGCGAGCGGAUGAACUGCGGAAGGAACUGGGGCGAGACUAUGACGGAGAGGAUGUGUCCACGAGUUUUGCCACCUUGCUUCGUCAGCCAGGGGCAGUGUCAGCUGGUGCGGCCGGUGCCGGCGCCAGCGCCCUGGAGCGGCUGCGGCGCUCCAUGACGGUGUCCGUGGCCGAAGCGGCCAGGAAACUGCAGAGAGGCCGUGGAAGCUG